AAAGCAGAGCUCAAAGGGGCGAGAAUCCAUUUCUCUUUGAACUCUCACUGGUCAAGUUUGAAAAGUAACCCUGUCAUUAUUAUGGCGGGAGCAGGUUCAGCCCGCCAGACCUCACUGAGGAUUGGUGACACUGUCCUGUUUCAAGUAAGCUCUGGUAGAGAAAGCAGAGAAAAGACUGGAUAUAUUUAUUCCGAGCUCUCAAGUUCACCCUUCAACUUUAUGACAGUUUAUCCAGUUAAUCAAGGCUCAGAACUAGAGCCUGACUUUCCUAACAUUGCCUUUGCUACUUUCAAAGUGAUGGUGCCUAACAAAUACAAAGCCAAGCAAAGACUGCAGAAGCUAAUGGAAGAGAAAAGAAAGAAACAAGCAAGUGCUGCCCCUGAUUCCCCCACUGGCUCAAUGAAGAAUCGAUCAGAGAGCCAAUACACUCGACUGUUACACCAGGCAAAGGAACAAGCCGAAGAGGAAGAAAUGGAAAAUGCACAAGAGCAGGCAAGACGUGCUGGAACUAAAGUGGUUUACGGUGACCUGAUACAAUUGCAACAUGUUGCUUCUGGUAAGUUUGUCAACGUCAGGUCAGAGGCUUCGAAAACUGAAAGCAACAAUCUAUUGGUCAAUCUUAGUGAGGAGAACUCUGAUGGGUGCAGUUUUGUGAUAUUACCAAGGUAUAAAGUGCGGUCAGAAGGAGAUGAGAUUCGUUUUUCUGACCAAAUGAAGUUGGAGAGCUUUAAGACAAAAGGACAGUUUUUGAGCUGUAGCUUUGGCCAGCGUACCUUGUAUGCUGCAGGAUUCUAUACACAUCCAAACUUUUAUGAGUUGAAUCUCUCAGCAACAGAAUCAGCUCUGACUCUCAUCCCUCAUUCUUGUCCUUCAGUGAAUAAGCAUCCUGAUAAUGCGCUCAGAGCUGGAGGUGUUGUUAGAUUGUUUCACAGAGAAGACGAGUGUUACAUUGUUGCUGAAGGCUCAUUUGCUAAUGAUGCCACUCCUACUGAGAAUGUUCACUGCAGACAAAGGAGAGUUGAUCAAAGGAAGCAUGGCAACCCUUCAACUUCUGCUAACACCUACUGGCAGAUAGAAAAGGAGGAAGACCCAAGGACUGGUGAGGUUCUCUAUUGGGAGGAAAGGUGUAGACUAAAGCAUCUUCCAACACGUCUGUAUUUAGCUGUCUGCAAAGACGAAAGAGGGAACUAUGAAGUAACUCUCAAGCGGAGGAAGUUUGAUGCGACAGAUCUUGACACUCUCUUUAGUUUCCAUGCCCUCAUUGAGGAAGGCAUUGAGGUCCUCCUUGAAUCUUAUGCAAGGAUUAAACAUCUUGUCAGUGGAAGAUGGCUGCACUUAGUUGAUGAAAAGUAUACAAGAAAAAACUUUGAUCCGACUGCCGUAGGACUAGCUGGUCUUCAAUGGGACUUUGCUGAGCUUUUUCAGCUCACGACUAGCAAAAAUGAAGAAGAUUACGAUGCAUUUACGCUACAGGAGGUUCCAUUUGAUUUGCUUAGAAGGUUCAAUUAUGUUGCUGGUAUAUCACCUGUAUUGACAUCACACAUAAAAUUUCUUCAGUCUGGCAAUGGUGCUGCGAUACCUCAGAAGCAAGCUAGUCGUGUGAAGCAGACAAUUGCCGAGUUAAAGGACUCCAUACUAACACUCUCUGACAGAGAUACAAAAAAUAAUCAGAAACUGUUGAGAAAUAUCCAGGUUGUAGAACAACUAACAGAAAUCUUGAAAGUGUCUCAAUCAAUGAAGUUGAUACCGUCACUGCACCACAGUGAUGUGUGUCGUGAGUGUUAUAACGUCAUUCAAAAGUUUUUAGAAGGUGACAGUCGAAAGAAUGAAAACUAUCUUGCACGUUACCUAGAGUUUUUCCAAACACAGGUUCAAAAAGGCCUUGAUGCAGAGGAGGUUCUGGUAGAGAUUGUACAAGACAAUCUUAAAAUUGUAACAAGGAUGGCCGAGACCAGAAUGACUGCAAUGAUUGAUCAAUUCAUAGCAACAAAAGACGCAAGGUUUCUUGAUUUCUUGAGUUCUCUGUGCGUCUGUUCUGGUCGUCCUAUCCCAUCUACACAGGAUCGCUUGCUUACUGAGCUUGUCAUUCGCUAUGGAAGGGAGUUGCUGUACACAACCAAUUUAAAGAAGAAAGGUGAAAAGAAUGAAGAAGUAGCAGUCUAUUACCGACCAAAGGAUUCAUCUCAUGCUAGAGAUAUUCGAUCUUUAAAGCCGAACUCUACCGAUCCAGCCAUUGUUGAUGAUUAUGAACUAUUGAAAGGACAGUUGCACAUGUUUGGUAAACUCUGCAAGGGGAACAACAAGAGGACAUUGGACUUUCUAGUCAUACCAAGGAACAGAGAUGGGUAUGUUAGUUUUGACCAGGUGUUCCACUGUGCUCAGAAUACUAGCAUUGACCCUGAGCUACGUAAAUGCUAUGUUGAACUGAUCUUGGUCAUGUUUGUUGAUGUCGAUGAUAACAGGCCUUUCCUGGACCAACUCUGCUACUCAUUUAAAUAUGAAGAUUUGUCUCCUGACCCAUAUGGUGACACUGGUGAUGAUGAAGACACUGCACUGACUGGUGUAGCUAAUUUACAUUUCAAGUUUCUGAAGCUGUGGUUUGUGAAAGUCAUUACAGACUACGAACACCUAUGCUGUAAUGAAGAAAAUAUUGAAAAGAAUGAGCUCUUUGCUGAGAUACUUAACGUCCUUGGUAACCUGGUUCGUAAUGGGUACUAUGACUCUGAGGAGGACAUUGAUGAAUUAAUGAAACCAUUAGUUGAUGUUCUAGAUGGAACUACUGACAAACUGAAUGAGGGACAAAAUGAGAGUAGUUACAAUGAUAAAAUUAGAAAAGAGGACACAAAAGUGAACAGAGCUGUCUUCUAUGUAAAGAGAAAGGCUCUAGAGGUCAUGGAGCUGUUUUUUAGAUUCAAGUUUUACGUCAAACUCCAGAAAUUUUUGAAUGAUUUUAAAAUGCUGGAAGGAAGUGGUGGGAGGAUGUUAGUUGGUAGGAAAGAGACAAGGGAUGGGCCACCUCACGAUUUGAGACAACUUAAAGUUGGUAUCGAUCCAGCUAGAUGCCACGAAUGGCUCCAGUCGUCAGAAAUGACAAAGAAAGUCCGGCUUAGACUUGGUUCCCUGUGUGAAGGAGCCAUUAAAGGUUCUUUCCACGAUGGCCACAUCCCCAAAUUGGAGUCAGUGCUACUAGAUCUGUCAGAGUAUGAUUGCGAUGAGCUGGUGACUGCUUCGCUUGAUCUCUUAACACAAAUGUACUUCUUUGAAGAGCAAUUGUUCCAAAAGGCACAGCAGUCACAGCUCCUAAUCUGUCAAGAAAGCAUUGCCCACUAUGAUAUUGUUAAUGAACUCCUUCCUGAGUUGAGGCAUCUCCUCCUCAUUGAUCCUGAUCAAAAAGAUCAAGACAGGAUCAAGGUCAUACUCACUGAACUCUCAAAUCUUUUGAUUAUUUCUGAUUACAAUGAUGAGCCGAAUAGGAGCAACCAAAUAAUGCUGGAUAACUUCGGAAUUCUUGAUGAUAUUUUAAGCUAUAUUCUUUCAAAAGGCUCAGAAGGAUCUGAAGCUACUGUCCAGCAAGAAGUGUUUCAAAAGUGUUUCCACCUGUUGCGUCGAAUGACUGCUGAGUAUAAGAACGUACAAGAAAGAUUAUUCAAUAGAAUUGAGGACCUUUUAUCUGUCAAGAUACCUGAAGCUCUGGCUGAUCUUGCUGACCUACUGACUGAAAUGUUUACUGGUGGCGCUGAGCUGGCUUUAAGAGUCAUGGAGUCUCAUGUUGACAGGAUAUUUGAGAUUAUCGUCGACUGUCAGAAUGGUACAGUACAAGCCCAUUUCAUGAUAACACUGGAAGCUAUGGCUAAAAUUGAAGAACUUGAUAUUAACAUAAAGAGCACGCAGGGUAUGAUAGUAAAGAACUUCUGUCGCUAUCGUAACAAGUUCUGCCACGAGGUUCUUGGUGAGGGAGACAAAUUUGCUGAAGACAGGCUUAAAAUACUAAAGAGGCAAGAAGAGACACCUCAGCUCCAGCUCUUGCUCAGUGUCAUUGAUCUGUUGGCUGCUUGUGCUGAAGGAAAGCAUCUCUUUAUAGAGUCAGUCUGUCAGAACAUUCUCUCAAUUGAUGAACUGAUUAAGAUCGUCAGUGAGCCUUUGUCUCCUUUGCGCAAGAAACCUUUUGUGAGGUUCUUGAUUAGCGUCUACAUGAGCUCUGACAGAGACCAGGAGGACAGGAGUGGCAGUGGAGUCACUCUUUCACAUGGAGGUGUUAUAUGGACUUAUCUUGAUCAUUUGGCCGAGCUGCUUAAAGACACAGCUGGAGCAAUCCACAUGAUCAAUUUUGAAGAGAGCAAAGCCGGAGGACGCCGCCAGCAUCUCAAAACUAGAAAAGGAAUUCGUCCAUCCUCUCAAUUUUUUCUACCUCCAUUAAAGAAAGUCAUUCCAGGCGUAACAGAUAGUAAAGGUGUGUUAGUACCAGGUCUGCUGGACUAUUUGAUAGAAGGAGUCAUACCAUUCCUUCACAUCUACUACUGCUCCUACUUCAGUCCUGCAUCAGUCAACAACGAGCAACAGAGAGACAUGGAGUAUGAGACAUCUAUCAGAAUAGCUCAAAACAUGAUUACUCUCAGGAAAGAGCUUCUCAAGGUUUCUCCUUCAGAGCACCACGUUCAGAUGUUUCGUGAGAUAAUCCUCUCCCUCCAUUGUCAUGAAAGGAUUGCCCGAGAGGCUAACAUUGAUGCAAAGGUAGAAAGCAUGUCAGUUGUCAGCAUCAGACAACAAGUAGACUCAAAACGAAAAUCAUACAGCAGACAAAAAUCUGUCAGAAUAGGACCAGUCCAAUCUAUUAGCUUAAGAGAACAAUUGAUUCUCGAGGAAAAAGAGAUUAUCGAUUCACUGUCUGCUACACAAUCUCCUGCUCUUCCCCAUCGUGCUCUCAUGAAGUACAAAGACCAGCAAAAACUCAACUCAACUUUUAAAACCUUUUCAAGAAACUACCAGCUGGCUUAUGUUGGACUCAACACUGCCAAAGAGCAAAUAAAAUCUGAAAUAUCAGAAAAAUACAGUGAGGAAGGAGAAGAAUUGCCAUUAGGACCAAACUUCCAAUGCCUCGUGCAGCUAUACAUUGAUAGAUCUGGGCCUACUUGUAAAGUUAGUGGAAAGGCGGAAAUGCUUUUAAAACAAUUAACUGCUUCUCAAUCACGAACUGAGCAGCUGGGAGAGAGGGAGCAGAUUAUUCAAGAUGUGCUUGAUGUUAGGUGCCUACAAAUACUUAGAGCUCUUAUACAUAAUCAAAUAAUGAGGAUUGAUCCAGAGCUAAAAGACAGGGACCCAACCAUUUACAGAAGCAAAAGCAAUGAGCUAAUAGUUCCUUUUCAGGAUGCAGUUCAAAGUUACUGUGGAAAUGCAAUGCUAAAGAUCAUCAGUCUUCUCUCUCAUACAAAUGAGAGCAUUUCAAAAGAGGCCAUUGCCCUGAUGAAGACUAUGUUAUUCUCUGGUAAUGAGAAUGUUCAAGAGGGACUUGCACAAAGUGUAAAGGACACCAGAGAAGAGACACUCUUCAUUAAUUUGAAAGAAAAGCUGGAGAAUGCCUCAGUGAAAUACAAAGAAACGCGUGACUUGCAACUUAUUUUAGAUGGAAGGAAAAACCUCCAGUCUUCAAAUGCUGAGAAAAAAAUGAGUCAAAGUCCUUCAGCACAAGUUGCCAUUGCAAUUGAGGAACCAGUGGUGAGGUAUACACCACAACCUGAUGAUGAUGCAACACAAAUGGAUGAAGCUUUAACUUGUAUCUUUGACCAAUCAGAGAAACCAGAGUUGCUUGCAUAUGAUACAAGCUGGACUAAUCUGGUAUUGGAGGUCAUUCGCUACAUGUGUGAUGGACAGAACAGGACUCUGCAACACUAUCUCAGGGAGCAGCCAGACAAUUUUAAGACCGUCAAUGUAGUAGCUGAAGUGACAUCUCUUCUUCAUGUCUACACAUCAGAUCUGACCGUUGAGAACCUUUCACAGAUUGACGAAAUCAUUCAGGCUCUCGUGGAAAUGUGUGUGGGGAAUACCCCCAACCAGAGAGUUAUCUUUGAGAAACAAGUGAAUGAGCCUUUGAAUAGGCUACUUGGCCUGUCGGUAGUAGAGGCACAUCAGACCUGUGGACAGCGUGACACAGAUCAAUGUCCCAAAUGCAAGUAUUUGGAGGAUUUGGUCAAAGUAAAGGGUAGUGUUGUUCAGUUGCUUGAUGCUAUGCUUGAAAAUACCAGCUCUCAGACGCAAGAGAUAACAGAAGGCAUAGGAUCCACUAUUGAUGUGCAAUCUUUGCUGGACACUAUGAGUUUCUUCUGUGAGUUUGAGGAGCAUCCCCUGAUGUUGCUGAAAGAAAUGAACGAUGACUGCGAGAGAGGAAUGUUUAGAUCUUACCACAUACUUGUUUCACUCAUGGGUUCCAAAGCAAUUGAAAAGAUACGGAAAGAUAAAUUGCAAGACGAUAUAAAAGGUGCUUAUGAAAAGUGCCAUGAGAACACAAGAACAAUUGAGAUUCAUUUCAAAGAUGAAGAGACGUCUGAAACAACACUGGCCCGAGUCCAUUUCCCUCAUAAUCCAGAUGAUAGUCUUAGAGAGGCGGUUACUGAGUUAGUUCGUUGGAGUAUUGACAGAGACUCAAUGGAAGACAAGCAGAGGGCGCUGCUAGACCUGAUGCCAGCACUUAAAAGAGACAUCAUUCAUCAGAGAAAUUUAAAUGAAAAGAAAGUUUUGAAGCCACUCCUCAUGUUCCCAAUAUUCCGGUAUCGACUACUAAUGUUCCUGACUGUCCUGCUAAACUUGUUUGUCCUGUUUGUUUACAAAGUACCAACUGAAGCAACAGGAGUUCACCUGCCAAUGGUUCCGGAGUGGUUCAUACCAUACAUGCUCUUUAUAUUGGGUGGGUUCCACCUCAUCCUCUCAUUGUGGGUCUUCAUUGAGUAUUUCAUUAUUAACUGGCCACACUUUAGUCUCCCUUCAUUUGUCAAUAAGAUACAUCAUUACAUUGCUAAGAAAAGGAACCCAGAGGGCACUGGUAGCCAUUUAGUGACAACAACCUGCUUGGAUGUUGGGAUAUUUGGAGUGAAAACCCUCUACAUGUUUGUAUUUCUCUUAUCCUCAAUCCUUUCCCUGGGGCUCAGCGGAUACUUCUAUUGCAUUUGUCUCCUCUUCAUAAUUGCAAAUAACGAUAUACUGAAGAGAGUGUUGAGGGCUGUGACUAAAAAUGGUAUUUCACUGAUAUGGGUUGCAGUUCUUGGGAUUAUUGUCCUUUUUAUUUAUGCUGUCAUUUCAUUUGCUUUCCUGCAUCAGUAUUUUAAAAUCACAGACGAUGCUUCUCUUUAUUGCAAGAGUCUCCUUGAGUGCAUGUACUCAGUCCUAAGAUAUGGUCUUAUUGAUAACAUUGGGCUGUUGAUUCCUUUGAAUGCUACUGAAGAUGGAAAUGUUGAAUCAUUUUCAGCUCAGUUUCAUAUUCCACGUCUAAUUUUUGAUCUCUCGUUCUUCAUAAUUGUCAUUACUAUUGGACUGAACAUAGUAUUUGGUAUCAUUGUCGACACGUUUUCUGAGCUAAGAGGAGAGAGAAGCGACAUUGAAAAGGAUCAGAAGAGCCAGUGCUUUGUCUGUGAUCUUCCAAGUCAUGAGUUUGAAAGAAAAGCUAAGGGUUUCAAUAAUCAUGUAAAGCACGACCACAAUAUGUGGGACUAUGUCUAUUAUUCACUGUAUCUUGAUAACAUUGAUACUGGAGAUCAGAAUGCCAUUCAGAAAUAUGUCUAUCAACUGAUUGAAAAGAAACAAACUAAAUUUUUUCCUCAGCAAGAAGCAAUUUGUCUUGCAGUGGAGGAGAAUACUACUGAUGAGCUCAUUGAGUCUCUGAUUGAGAGGGUUGAAUAUGUGGUCCAGCACUUUAAGGAUAAAGAGCAAGUCAAGAGUGUGACUGCAAAGAAACAAAAGCAGAAGAAUUGGGAAGAGAAAUUCUUAGGAAAGACUCCUUCCUUUUAUGAUGAUUCACAGUAACAUUGCAACUGGAAAAUAAUGCAAAAAAACCUUUUUACCCUUUUUAUUGCUGAACUUUAGUUUAAAUGUACCUUUUUUUAGCUGGAACUUUAAAGAAAAUAAUUUUAGCAUUUUUA